GUCUGACAUUCCCAAUUCUGAAACUGACCCUCUUUAAGCAAAGGCAUUACCUUUAUUACUUUUUCUUGUUACUGAGACAACUUCCUCCAUGGCUUCAAAAUCUAGAUCCAAUCUAUCUGGAAAUCCCAACAAAGCAUCACUGGCUACACCAAGAGUCAGUAAAGUUAGCAAAGUAAUGUCCAAAUCAGAAUCAGAAUCACUAUCACCUUUGCAAAAUUCGCGCCUCUCUGCGGAACGAUCACCGCGAUCUGUGAAUUCUAAGCCCACUGUUGAGCGGAAAUCACCAAGACCCACCUCCACUCCACCAGAUAAACAACCCCCAAGAGCUGCAAAGGGUUCAGAAUUGCAGAACCAGUUGAAUCUUGCUCAAGAAGAUCUAAAGAAAGCAAAGGAGCAGCUCAUUCAGGCUGAGAAGGAGAAGGUAAAAGCAAUUGAUGAGCUGAAAGAAGCACAGAGAGUGGCUGAGGAGGCAAAUGAGAAACUCGGGGAGGCAUUGGUGGCUCAAAAGCAGGCUGAGGAGAAUUCGGAGAUUGAGAAGUUCCGAGCUGUUGAAUUGGAACAGGCUGGAAUUGAAACUGCGAAGAAGAAAGAAGAAGAAUGGCAGAAAGAGCUUGAAAGUGUGAGAAACCAGCAUGCUUUGGAUGUGGCUGCUCUUCUCUCCACCACUCAGGAGCUUCAGCGGGUUAACCAAGAACUUUCCAUGACUUGUGAUGCAAAGAACCAGGCAUUGAAUCACGCUGAUGCUGCAACUAAAAUUGCCGAGAUUCAUGCAGAGAAAGCAGAGUUUUUUUCAGUUGAACUGACACGGUUGAAGGCCUUACUAGAGGCAAAAGGGGAAACAGAGGCUAAUGAAAAUAAGCUUAUAUUGAAGCUCAAAACAGAGAUAGAGGCUCUCAAGCAAAAACUUGAAAAAACCAAGGAUUAUGAUGAGAAGAUGAAAGAGAAAGAAACUUCUAUUGAACAGCUUAAUGUGGAGCUAGAAGCCUCAAAGAUGGCUGAAUCUUAUGCACAUAGUCUGCUAGAGGAGUGGAAGAAGAAGGUUGAGGAACUAGAAAUGAGGGUUGAAGAAGCAAAUAAUUUGGAGAGAUCUGCAUCAGAAUAUUUGGAAUCUGUUAUGAAACAGCUAGAAGGAAACAAUAAUUUGUUGCAUGAUGCCGAAUCUGAAGUUGCUACUCUUAGAGAGAAGGUGGGAUUGUUAGAAAUGACAAUUGGGAGACAAAGAGCUGAUCUGGAGGAUUCAGAACAUCAACUUCUUAAGGCUAAGGAAGAAAGUCUUGAAAAGUCGAAGAAGAUUGAGUCUCUAAAAUCUGAACUUGAGAGAGUUAAGGAAGAGAAAGCUCAGGCUUUGAAAAAUGAGAAGCUUGCAGCUUCUAGUGUGCAGACCCUAUUAGAAGAGAAAAACAAACUUAUCAAUGAAUUGGAGAAUUCUAGGGAUGAAGAAGAAAAGAGCAAAAAGGCAAUGGAAAGCUUAGCUUCUGCAUUACAUGAAGUGUCUGCAGAAUCUAGAGAAGCCAAAGAAAAUCUACUUAGCAGUCAAGCUGAAUAUGAAAUCUAUGAGACCCAGAUUGAAGAUUUGAAAUUAGUCUUAAAAGCUACUAAUGAAAAAUAUGAGUCCAUUCUUAAUGAUGCACGGCAUGAGAUUGACGUUCUUAUAUGUAGUAUCGAAACUUCUAAGAAUACGUUUGAGAACUCCAAGGCUGAGUGGGAGCAGAGAGAACUUCAUCUACUCAGCUGCUUAAAGAAAAAUGAAGAAGAGAACACGUCCCUGGAAAAAGAAAUAAAUAGAUUGGUUUAUUUGCUUAAAGAAACUGAGGAAGAAGCUAGUUUCAACAGGGAGGAAGAAGCUCAGUUGAAGGAAAAUCUGAAGGAAGUUGAGGCUGAGGCAAUCCAACUUCAGGAAGCUCUUAAGGAUGCAACGGCUGAGAACAUGAAAUUGAAGGAGAGUAUAUUGGAUAAAGAAAAUGAGUUGCAGAACGUUUUCCAAGAAAACGAUGAACUCCGAACUCGGGAAUCUGAAUCUAUUAAGAAGGUGGAGGAGUUAUCUAAGUUGCUGGAAGAAGCUACAACCAGAAACCACACUGAGGAAAAUGGGGAUCUUACGGACAGUGAGAAGGACUAUGAUUUGCUUCCUAAAGUAGUUGAAUUUUCUGAAGAAAAUGGGCAUGGAGGAGAAGAUAUUUCAAAGGAAGAGCUUUCAGUCAAUCAGGAGGGACUCAAAGAAAGCUUACUGGAAGAAAGCAUUCUCUCGAAUGACACGGCUGAAAAAAUUGAAUCUCCUAAACCUGAGGAUGUGAAUGGAAAACUGAAGGAAGAUGAUAGCAAAGAAAAAGAUGAUUCAGUAGAAGUUGAAUAUAAAAUGUGGGAGAGCUGCAAGAUAGACAAAAAGGAGUUCUCGCCAGAGACAGAACCAGAGCCCGAAUCAUUCGAAGAAGAAGUUGACUCAAAGAUGGAUGGCAGUGAGAGCUUUGAUAAGAUAAACGGAACCUCUGUAACAGAGAGCAUUGAUGAUGGUGGGAGCUCACCAUCAAAACAACAACAACAAUUGAAGAAGAAGAAGAAGAAGCCUUUGCUUGGCAAGUUCGGAAGCCUGCUCAAGAAAAAGGGUGCUAGCAACCAGAAAUAGAACAAUAUUCAACUUUGGGGAGGUAUAUUGAACAUUCAAUUGUUUGCACGUGUUUGAUUUAUGAUUUUUUUUUUUGCUUCUCGGACUAGGAUUUUUAAAGAAUGACGAGGCUUGUAAUAUUGUUUAGGACUCUUUGCUAGUGUUUCUUUUGGGUUGUGGUUCUCCUUCUCCAUGUUAGUAACCAAAUUGUAUGUGUCGCAAAUGCAACUAUUUUUCCCCCACUUGAUUUAUGCUCUUGUCCCUUGCCCUCCAAUCUAGAUUUGACGAAAGAAGUGGCAAGUUGGAUUGUAUUUUUAUCU